AAAUGGUCGACGUGCCCACCAGUAAUGACUUGGGCUACAAGUUAUUAUUAUAGGGUAACUGUAGGGUAAGUCUCUUUGAUGUUGUCAUCAAUGACCAUAACAUAUUCGUUACAAGCAUUUAGGUGUUGGAUCAUUUGUCAUCCACCUCCACCGGCCUGCAGGUAGAGAGGGGCAGGGGACGGGGCUGAAAAGCAAACACUCACCUUUGCGUUCCAGUUUGUGAUCUCUUUAGAGGUCUUUAAUGGCUAGCUCGGGAAGAAAUUCUUCAAUAACCCACAAGAACCUCUUGCAAAGUGAUGUCCUUCAUCAAUAUAUAUUGGAGAGAAGUGUUUACCCAAGAGAGCAUGAACAACUCAAGGGAUUGAGAGAGCUGACUAUGAAACACGCGAGGGGUUUAAUGAGCGUGCCCCCUGAGGAAGGCCAGCUGCUCUCUAUGCUUCUCAAGCUCAUGAAUGCAAAAAAGACAAUAGAGAUUGGGGUGUUCACUGGUUAUUCACUCCUUACAACAGCACUGGCAUUGCCAAAAGAUGGCAAGAUAACGGCCAUUGACAUUGAAAAAUCAAACUUUGAGAUAGGGCUACCAUUUAUUCAAAGAGCAGGAGUUGAGAACAAGAUUAAUUUCAUCGAGUCAGCAGCACUUCCUGUUCUUGAUAAAAUGAUUCAAGAGGUAAAGGAAGAUGACCUCUUUGAUUUUGCAUUUGUCGAUGCUGACAAGUCAAAUUAUAUGGAAUACCAUGAGCGUUUGCUAAAACUUAUCAGGGUUGGAGGAGCUAUUGCAUAUGAUAACACACUUUGGGGUGGCAGUGUGGCUGUUCCAGUGGAUCCUUCUCAUGCUGAGAGGUUCAUUGAAGGUAGAAACUUAACAGUGAAGUUCAAUGAUUUCUUGGCUGCUGAUCCUCGAAUUGAGAUAUCACAAGUUUGUAUUGCUGAUGGGCUUACUAUCUGUAGGCGCAUUAUCUGAUUGUGCAGUCUUGAUCACCACUUUUCAUGCAUGCUUUAUCUAUGGAAACAAGGUCUUCAAGCUCUUUAGAUACAGUUUCCUUUCUUCAGUAUGUACUUGGAUUAAAUAAAUUUCCCAACAUUUCAAAAGUGACAUUUUUCUUGAUGUAUUGGGGCUGAAGCACUUCGUUUUGCUUGUGCCAAUCUUUCUUAGAAAAAAGGUUGCUGUUUGUCUUUCUAGGUAAAUCAAGCAUCUGCAUAAGUACAUAGAGAUGCAUGUUUAUGUUCAAAAGAAUAAAAGUCAUUUGAGUAUUUUGGAGAUCUAUAGGAGUUGCAUCUUUUGAA